UUUGUUCUCUUUCUUUUGAAGAUGUAAUGUGAUGAACGUUCAUAGCGUAUGCUCUGUCCUUCGCUUUCCCGAAGUGUUGCCUGAACUCGGGCUUGCAGAGAGAUAACGGUUUCCCCAACCUAAUGGGGGAAGAAUCAGACUUCUGGGACCGCAGCGCGGCUCUAUCCGAAAUCAUGAUUCGUGGUGACGCAUCACGACUGAUUCGUUACGCCCGUCAAUGGAACGCCGUUUGCCAUACUGGAAUGUUCAAGAACUGGACCCCUGUGAUUGUCUGUGGCCAGCACUCUGGUUUUGUCACUCCUGAAAUGAAGGCAGUUGUUAAGAACUUCCCCGAACUCUUCAGCGUCAAUGAACACAGUGUGGAACUCAAUCGAAAAUUCAGCACGUGCGAAGAGCGUUCUCUAGCUGUUGGAAAAUUCAUCGAAACUCUUCGCAAGCAGCGCAAACCUGGUGAUCCUUUCUACAAGGCUUUCGAUUACUGGCGAAAUGAGGUUUACGACGUUUGGGGAUCGAAACAUGAUGUACCUCUGCUUCAGAUGGAACGAUCCUGCAUGUGGGUCCUGCAAUCUGCGCUUGGAUGUGUAGGCUUGCUGGGCUUUAGGCAUUACGCGGUUUUUCUGAACGGAUUUGUGAGGCAUCCGGAACGAGGGCUGUGUGUGUGGUUUCAGAAGCGCGCUCUCUCGAAAACAACGUGGCCAGGAAAAUGGGACGUGAUGGCUGGUGGUGGAACGACAUCCGGACAAAAGGUUCGUGAAAGCGUGAUGAGAGAAGCCUGCGAAGAAGCUUCAAUCAAGUUAGAUUGGAUGGACGCGAGGAUACGAUUUGCCGGAUGUGUGUCGUUCUUUCACCAAGAUCCUCGCGGAAUAUUUCCGAACGUCUACCACGUCUUCGACGUCGAACUUGAUCCCGAUUUGAGCCCCGAACCCGGUGACGGAGAAGCAUCCGAAUUCCAGCUCUUGGAUACCGCUGAAGCCUUGGAUCUCGUGUGUUCUGGACAGUUCAAAAUGACGAGUGGGCCUGUGGUUGUAGACUUCCUCAUCAGACAUGGUGUUAUUAAUCCUGAUGAAGAACCAUACUAUGCUGAGCUCGUCGAACAUCUGCAUGCGCCGCUUCACAUUCCUCAUGGCUGCUUCCAAUCGAAUGGAUACGAGUAAAAACUCGAAAGCUACGACAGUUCCUCUUGAGUUAUCUUGCAAUAAUUCUCAUGAUUGUUCAAAUAUUGAGAGCUAGUGGAAACUUCCGAACCUCGUCAGCGUGAGGGACUUUCGUCCGUGCUUCGUGAAUGUUUGUUUUUUCUUUGAAAAGAACUUGACGAAGUUUCACCUUUUGCCAAGUUUCGAAUUUCAAGAUUUUCCUUCCAGACUUCGUUUUUCCCGUUGACUGCCUGAAACUUUGUAAGACAAGUUGUGGGUUGAGAGGCUCAAGUGAUGAAAUGGGUAGAUUCUUGUGUUCGAUUUGGUUCUGCCUCGGGGCUGGAAGACAAAGAGCCGAAGCUUUUAUAGCUGAUUUUUUUGCCGGUUUUAGCGUUUAAGAGGCUUUAUUCUUGAACAGUCUAUCGAUGGGAAACGGUAAUGAAAUGUGGUAUCAAUA